ACGCCUGCUCGUCGAACAUCUCAUUUCAAAAUCGUGGGCAUUAAUGUUUUUUUUUUUUUCGUGUAGAUUUUGGCAUAUUCACAUGAAUAUCUGUCGCUAAUUGGAUGGAAACCUAGCAUCUGAAAACAUCAGUGACAGAAACAGAGGAAAACUUUUGACCUUAUUUCAGUUAAAGGAUGUCUGAUGACCGUAAAACACCCUCAGGACUUUCUCAUGGGGUGGCAGCGUAGCCUUCAAGGUUAGAGCGAAAGGUUGCAAGAUCGAAUCCCCGAGCUGACAAGGUACAAAUAUGUCGUUCUGCCCCUGAACAGGCAGUUCAGUUAAUUAAUUAAUUAGGAAGGCAGUGAUGCCAAAAUAUUGGUAAAUUAAAUUGCAGGGAGUUUAUACAUGGAGUGUGUAUAUUUUGGAGUAUUUGUAUAGUUUAUUCUGUGCGCCAGCUCAUGUUUUUUAAUCAAGUAUUGAAACAAAACCAUAUGGAUUUGAAUGAAAAGUAUUUUAAUAAACAUAAAGGAGAAUGUAAGAGAAUAACAAUUUCAUUCAGACAAGGGAGCCUGAGAAGGAACUAAAGGAAUUAUUUAAGCUAUAUUCUUUCAAGCCUAUUUUUUUUUUUUUUAUAGAUUUUUUUAUUUCACCUUUAUUUAACCAGGUAGGCUAGUUGAACAAGCUCUCAUUUACAACUGCGACCUGGCCAAGAUUAAGCAUAGCAGUGUGAACAGACAGCAACACAGUUACACAUGGAGUAAACAAUAAACAAGUCAAUAACACAGUAGAAAUAAACAAAUAGAGUCUAUAUACAUUGUGUGCAAAAGGCAUGAGGAGGUAGGUGAAUAAUUACAAUUUAAUAGAUUAACACUGGAGUGAUAAAUGAUCAGAUGGUCAUGUGCAGGUAGAGAUAUUGGUGUGCAAAAGAGCAGAAAAGUAAAUAAAUAUAAACAGUAUGGGGAUGCGGUAGGUAAAUUGGGUGGGCUAUUUACAGCUGCAGCGAUCGGUUAGCUGCUCAGAUAGCAGAUGUUUAAAGUUUGUGAGGGAGAUAAAAGUCUCCAACUUCAAUGAUUUUUGCAAUUCGUUCCAGUCACAGGCAGCAGGGAACUGGAAGGAAAGGCGGCCAAAUGAGGUGUUGGCUUUAGGGUUGAUCAGUGAGACACCUGCUGGAGUGCGUGCUACUGGUGGGUGUUGCCAUCGUGACCAGUGAACUGAGAUAAGGUGGAGCUUUACCUAGCAUAGACUUGUAGAUGACCUGGAGCCAGUGGGUCUUGCGACGAAUAUGUAGCGAGGGCCAGCCAACUAGAGCAUACAGGUCGCAGUAGUGGGUGGUGCAAGGGGGGAUGCUCAACACCCUUCAGACCCACUGGGGGGAUGCUCAACACCCUUCAGACCCAUUAGGGGGAUGCUCAACACCCUUCAGACCCACUGGGGGGAUGCUCAACACCCUUCAGACCCACUGGGGGGAUGCUCAACACCCUUCAGAGCCACUGGGUGGAUGCUCAACACCCUUCAGAUCCACUGGUUGGAUGCUCAACACCCUUCAGAGCCACUGGUUGGAUGCUCAACACCCUUCAGACCCACUGGGGGGAUGCUCAACACCCUUCAGACCCACUGGGGGGAUGCUCAACACCCUUCAGACCCACUGGGGGGAUGCUCAACACCCUUCAGAUCCACUGGUGGGAUGCUCAACACCCUUCAGAGCCACUGGUUGGAUGCUCAACACCCUUCAGACCCACUGGGGGGAUGCUCAACACCCUUCAGACCCACUGGGGGGAUGCUCAACACCCUUCAGACCCACUGGGGGGAUGCUCAACACCCUUCAGAUCCACUGGUUGGAUGCUCAACAUCCUUCAGACCCACUGGGGGGAUGCUCAACACCCUUCAGAUCCACUGGGUGGAUGCUCAACACCCUUCAGAGCCACUGGGUGGAUGCUCAACACCCUUCAGAGCCACUGGGUGGAUGCUCAACACCCUUCAGAGCCACUGGGUGGAUGCUCAACACCCUUCAGAGCAAAGAUGCAGAGUUGUUUUAAAAAAAAAAAUGUAUUCUAUAUGUAGGCCUAAAGGUUUUUAGGAAAAAUAAUCCAAUCAAAACGGAAAUCUCAUUGAACGCGGGAAUAUGCCAGGCAUAUUGCACCAAAAUCAAUUGUGUCCUAUUGUAUAGAAUGAAAAUGAAAUGUUUUUAGUGAUCAGAUUUUUUGUUUAAAUACUUUGCUACAAUGACACUUAUCUACCCACCUCAUUCCUUUCUUUUGGGAUACGUGUCUUUUCAGAUUCCACAAUAAUUCUUUAGUCAUGAAUACUACAUCACCGUACUCCCUCUUGCUCAUGGUCCUCAUCUUUGUUAAUCAUCUUGAUUUAGCACGUGUUUCUCGUUAGGAAAAUAUUUAGUGAACUCCAUGACAGUAGCUAAAGCAAGGGGCUAUAGCAGCACACAAAUAGACUACCGAUGCAUGCUGGGCCGGGCAUGUCGUGAGGUCCUGAAGUGAGUGCUACUGGAGCGAAAUUGGAGCAGGUGAGAAAGCCGAUGCUCCAUCCUUUGGGAAUCCUGCUCCUCGCUCUGCUCCAGCCCCGCUCACAUACUCUAGGGCUAUCUGUGUCUCUCUCAGGGUUGGGUUAGUGAUCUGACUGUCUCUCUCUCAGGUUGUUGCGUUAGUGAUCUGACUGUCUCUCUCUCAGGUUGUAGGGUUAGUGAUCUGACUGUCUCUCUCUCAGGUUGUAGGGUUAGUGAUCUGACUGUCUCUCUCUCAGGUUGUAGGGUUAGUGAUCUGACUGUCUCUCUCUCAGGUUGUAGGGUUAGUGAUCUGACUGUCUCUCUCUCAGGUUGUAGGGUUAGUGAUCUGACUGUCUCUCUCUCAGGUUGUAGGGUUAGUGAUCUGACUGUCUCUCUCUCAGGUUGUAGGGUUAGUGAUCUGACUGUCUCUCUCUCAGGUUGUAGGGUUAGUGAUCUGACUGUCUCUCUCUCAGGUUGUAGGGUUAGUGAUCUGUCUGUCUCUCUCUCAGGUUGUUGCGUUAGUGAUCUGACUGUCUCUCUCUCAGGUUGUAGGGUUAGUGAUCUGUCUGUCUCUCUCCCCAGGUUGUAGGAACUAGUGGAGAUGAGUAGUAAUGACUGUUUUGGAUGCGGACGUAACGGCCACUGGAUCAAGAACUGUCCGAAUGCCGGGCGGGGACGAGGCAAGGGCCGCGGGAGGGGGAAAGGUAUGGUACUGACUACAUUACAGGAUCUGUUCUGCUAUCGCUGUGGAGAGCCUGGGCAUGUCGCCAGGGACUGUGAGAGGACUGAGGAUGCGUGCUACAACUGUGGUCGUGGAGGACACAUUUCCAGAGACUGUAAGGAGCCCAAGAAGGAGAGGGAACAGGUCUGUUAUAACUGUGGCAAGGCUGGCCACGUGGCCCGAGACUGUGACCAUGCCAACGAGCAGAAGUGCUACUCCUGUAGAGGUUUUGGACACAUCCAGAAGGGCUGUGAGAAGGUCAAAUGUUACAGGUGUGGUGAGAUCGGCCAUGUUGCCGUCCAGUGCAGCAAGGCCAGCGAAGUCAACUGCUACAACUGCGGAAAGUCUGGUCACCUGGCUAAAGAAUGCACCAUCGAGGCCACGGCCUAGCACUCUGCUGCCUUCCUACGCCCCUCCUUUUUCACAUGGAUGAUUGUAUUAUUUUGUCUGAAACCUGCCCUCUGGCUACGGAGGUUGCUCCCAGACCAGUCUGCUGUAAAGUGCGGAAUAAUACACUUUCUGUAUUUAAUCCAAAAUGUUUACUUUGGUAGAGGUUAAUGUACAAUGGUUUGCUAAAGAAGCCAUUUUCCAUGCCACUGGUGACAAGGGAUGAGUUCUGAGUGGAUCCUCCCUACCAGGUCCGGGGAAACCAGCCCUCGAGUCAGAAUGAAAGUUUGUCGGAACUUUUUAGUUUUUUAGAACAUAACGGACUUGACCUGAGACAGCAGCACCACCCAGUGGUCGUUAUGGGUUCGGUCCGUCCGACAGCAGCGCCAUCCAGUGGUCGUUAUGGGUUCGGUCCGUCCGACAGCAGCGCCACCCAGUGGUCGUUAUGGGUUCGGUCCGUCCGACAGCAGCACCACCCAGUGGUCGUUAUGGGUUCGGUCCGUCCGACAGCAGCGCCACCCAGUGGUCGUUAUGGGUUCGGUCCGUCCGACAGCAGCGCCACCCAGUGGUCGUUAUGGGUUCGGUCCGUCCGACAGCAGCGCCACCCAGUGGUCGUUAUGGGUUCGGUCCGUCCGACAGCAGCGCCACCCAGUGGUCGUUAUGGGUUCGGUCCGUCCGACAGCAGCGCCACCCAGUGGUCGUUAUGGGUUCGGUCCGUCCGACAGCAGCGCCACCCAGUGGUCGUUAUGGGUUCGGUCCGUCCGACAGCAGCGCCACCCAGUGGUCGUUAUGGGUUCGGUCCGUCCGACAGCAGCGCCACCCAGUGGUCGUUAUGGGUUCGGUCCGUCCGACAGCAGCGCCACCCAGUGGUCGUUAUGGGUUCGGUCCGUCCGACAGCAGCGCCACCCGGUGGUCGUUAUGGGUUCGGUCCGUCCGACAGCAGCGCCACCCGGUGGUCGUUAUGGGUUCGGUCCGUCCGACAGCAGCGCCACCCAGUGGUCGUUAUGGGUUCGGUCCGUUCGACAGCAGCACCACCCAGUGGUCGGUAUGGGUUCGGUCCGUCCGACAGCAGCAUGCAGACAGACCAGGACCAAACCCGUCACAACAUGGUGUAUGAAUACAGACGGUCUUAGCUAAUUCACAAGAAAAUAAAAAUAUUUGUUUUUGUACAGUUAGCUGCUGAGUGUCAGAAUCAGUCUUGAUCCAGUAGUAAGUUAAUGUGUGUUAUAUAACCAUGGAAACGGAUCAGAAAAAAAAAGGCUAAGAGAAUGUUUUCACAAAUCUAAAUGUUAUUUUUCUACAAAAUAACACUUAGAACAACUUAGAACAACCUUUUUCAAUCGGGCCCCCUUCCAUAAUUAUUUUGGGGGUGGUGGGACGCUCCACGCCGACCCUCGCACACCCGACAGUUUAGGAACCACUGACUUGGACAACUGUAAAAAUAUAUAAUUUGCUUGUACUCAGUUUAAGUGGAAAGGUAAUUCAACUGAAAUCCUCCAACAUAAUGUAAUUUUAAUCACAAUAAAGCGCAAGAAGGGAAGUUAGACUGAAAUCUUUUCUGAGUUGAAUUGAUCAGAUUCCAUCAUUGUAAUGUAUUGUUUUUAUUCACAUUGACAAACUACAAGCGUAUCCAGUAUUCAACAUGUACCUCUCGGUGACGUUAGUGUAAAGCCUAGCUAUAUCAGUUUCAGCAGCACCAGAGAGAGUACCUCUAGGUGACGUUAGUGUAAAGCCAGCUAUAUCAGUUUCAGCAGCACCAGAGAGAGUACCUCUCGGUGACGUUAGUGUAAAGCCAGCUAUAUCAGUUUCAGCAGCACCAGAGAGAGUACCUCUAGGUGACGUUAGUGUAAAGCCAGCUAUAUCAGUUUCAGCAGCACCAGAGAGAGUACCUCUCGGUGACGUUAGUGUAAAGCCAGUUAUAUCAGUUUCAGCAGCACCAGAGAGAGUACCUCUCGGUGACGUUAGUGUAAAGCCAGUUAUAUCAGUUUCAGCAGCACCAGAGAGAGUACCUCUAGGUGACGUUAGUGUAAAGCCAGUUAUAUCAGUUUCAGCAGCACCAGAGAGAGUACCUCUAGGUGACGUUAGUGUAAAGCCAGCUAUAUCAGUUUCAGCAGCACCAGAGAGAGUACCUCUAGGUGACGUUAGUGUAAAGCCAGCUAUAUCAGUUUCAGCAGCACCAGAGAGAGUACCUCUAGGUGACGUUAGUGUAAAGCCAGCUAUAUCAGUUUCAGCAGCACCAGAGAGAGUACCUCUCGGUGACGUUAGUGUAAAGCCAGUUAUAUCAGUUUCAGCAGCACCAGAGAGAGUACCUCUAGGUGACGUUAGUGUAAAGCCAGCUAUAUCAGUUUCAGCAGCACCAGAGAGAGUACCUCUCGGUGACGUUAGUGUAAAGCCAGUUAUAUCAGUUUCAGCAGCACCAGAGAGAGUACCUCUAGGUGACGUUAGUGUAAAUACACAGUGCAUUCGGAAAGUAUUCAGAACCCACAACUUUUUCCAAAUGUUGUUACGUCACAGCCUUAUUCUCAUCUAUGUACACAGUAUCCCAUAAUGACAAAGGAAGAAAAAAAAUUGAAUUCUUUGCAAAUGUAUAAAAAAAAAAAUGGAAAACACAUUUACAUAAGUAUUCAAACCCUUUACUCAGUACUUUGUUAAAGUGCCUUUGGCUGCAAUGAUACCCAUGGGACGCGAGGCUAUGAUGCUACAAACUUGGCACACCUGUAUUUUGGGAGUUUCUCCUAUUCUUUGUAGAUCCUCUCAAGCUCUGUCAGGUUGGAUGUGGAGCGUCACCGUAAAGCUAUUUUCAGGUCAGAAAUGUUUGAUUGGGUUCAAGUCUGGGCUCUGGCUGGGCCACCCAAGGACAUUCAAAAACUUCUCCCGAAAUCCAAUCCUGUGUCUUGGCAGUUUGCUUAGGGUCUUUGUCCUGUUGGAAGAUGAACCUUCGCCCCAGUAUGAGAUCCUGAGCAGAUUGUCAAGGAUCUCUGUAUUUUGCUCCGUUCAUCUUUCCCUUGAUCCAAUUUGUAAGUCGCUCUGGAUAAGAGCGUCUGCUAAAUGACUUAAAUGUAAAUGUAAAUCUUGACUAGUCUCAGUCCCUGCCGCUGAAAAACAUCCCCACAGCAUGAUGCUGCAACCACCAUUCUUCACUGUAGGGCUGGUAUUGGCCAGGUGAUGAGCAGUGCCUUGUUUCCUCCAGACGUGACACUUGGCAUUCAAGCCAAAGAGUUCAAUCUUGGUUUCAUCAGACCAGAUUAUCUUGUUUCUCGUGGUCAGAGUCCUUUUAAGUGCAGGGUAUUUAUUUGUAUUUUUUUACAACUCUUUUUCUCCCCAAUUUCGUGGUUUCCAAUUGGUAGUUAGUCUUGUCCCAUCGCCGCAACUCCCGUAUGGACUCGGGAGAGACGAAGUUCGAGGGCUGUGAGUCUUCCGAAACACAACCCAGCCAAGCCGUACUGCUGCUUGACACAAAGCCCGCUUAACCUGGAAGCCAGCCGCACCAUUGUGUCGGAGGAAACACCUGGCGACCUUGUCAGCGUGCGUUGCACCCGGCAUCACAGGAGUCACUAGCGACAAGAACAUCCCUGCCGCCAAACCCUCCCCUAAACCCGGACGACGCUGGGCCAAUCCCUCCCCUAACCCGGACGACGCUGGGCCAAUCCCUCCCCUAACCCGGACGACGCUGGGCCAAACCCUCCCCUAACCAGGCGAAGCAUGUUGGUGACAGCAUCAUGCUGUGGGGAUGUUUUUCAGCGGCAGGGACUGGGAGACUAGUCAAGAUCGAGGGAAAGAUAAACUGAGCAAAGUACAGGGAGAUCCUUGAUGAAAACAUGCUCCAGGGUGUUCAGGAUCUCAGACUGGGGUGAAGGUUCACUUUCAAACAGGGCAAUGACCCUAAGCAUGCAGGAAUGGUUUCUGCACAAGUCUCAAAGGUGCUUCGACAAAGUACUAAGUAAAGGGUCUGAAUACUUAUGUAAAUGUGAUAUUUUAUUUUUAGCAAAAAAUCUAAAAAACCUGUUUUUGGCAUUGUGUGUAGAUUGAUGAGAAACGAUUUAAUCCAUUUUAAAUGUAAUGUAGCAAAAUGUGGAAAAAGUGAAGCACAAUAAAUACUUGAACUCA